CUUACACACAUUGCCACUGACCAUGGCGGGCGAAGAAUCAUGGCUAGGCGCAGCUGCUGCGGAAGGGUCCAAGCCACCACGCCCGCACUCGUGGAACGGCGCAGUGGCCGGCGCCGCGGCGAUCGUGCUCGAUCCGCUGGAGCUCGAAGAGGACGCCCACGAGCACGAGGUAUCCGCGCUGGAUGACACGCUUGACAUUCCGCCCUUUGCGCGCAUGAGCUCGAGCUCGACGCUGACCCCUGCACCGGUGAUCGAGCCGCGCGACCCCGCCGUCUCGCCCAAGAAGUCGCGAUACCGGGACGACGACGAGCACCGGCCAACGACAUACUCGUCGCUCCCGCCCAGUCCGCGCGCGUCCGACCUCAGCGUCCCGUCCCGCAUGCUCGACAUGGACGACCUGCACGACGUGUUCCAACGUCAGGGGCUCGGCGAGCUACGCCGCUCGUCGCUCGACUCGGCGGACGAACGAAGCGCCAACGAGGACUUUUAUCCCGCGCGGUCGCGACGCCACACGCUCGAGCAGCAGCAUGGAGCUGUAGAAGCGGCUCGGCUGGCAAAGGAGGCAGGAUACGACGGUGGCGAGUUGGAGACGAUCACAUCGCCCCCGCUCAGCCCGACGUCGGUCAACGAGGUGGAGAACGCCGACGAGGUCAAGAUCGACGACGACUUGCCGCCCAACGUCCCGAGCGACCGCGCAGGCCUGAGUAUCUGGGACCUGUUACGUGACGAGGACGCUGCCGAGCAGUGGGAAGGCUGGAUCGCAGAUGGCAAGUGGGAGCGGAUAGCAAACUUCCUCGCGGUGCCUCUCGCCGUGGAGAAGGUGACCCUCUUCGGCGCGCUCCUCUGCCUCGACGGGUUCUUGUACAACUUUACCAUUCUCCCUAUCCGCGCACUCUUUGCCGCGUGGAGCAUUCUCGUCCGCCUCGUGCGCGGCCAGGGAGCGAGCAAGAUCCCGCCGUCCCACCUCCAGUCGCUCCUUCGCAUGCUCCUCCUCACCAUUCCCGCACUCAUCCUCGGCCUGUCGACCGAUACCAGCAAGAUGUACCACUCUGUGCGAGGUCAGGACACCAUCAAGCUCUAUGUCAUCUUCAACGCCCUCGAGAUCGGCGACCGCCUCUGCUGCGCUUUUGGACAAGACGUCCUCGACACACUCUUUGCACGCGACACGCUGGGAUACGCCAGCGGCCCUGGUCGCCGUAGGAAACGCGAACAGGCCAGACCAUUCUUCUUCUUCACACUCUCAUUAGGAUAUGUCUUGGUCCACACCCUUAUUUUCUUCUACAUGCUCAUCUCGCUCAACGUCGCAAUCAACUCUUACGACUACACUCUCAUUUCACUCCUUAUUAGUAACCAGUUUGUGGAGAUCAAGGGCUCUGUCUUCAAGAAGUUUGAGAAGGAGAACCUCUUCCAGAUCAUGUGUGCCGACAUUGUCGAGCGCUUCCAACUGGGCCUUAUGCUCGUCGUCAUUGCUAUCCGCAACAUGAUUGAGAUGUCGGGCUCAGACCUGGCCUUCCUUCCUCGUAGCUUUACCCGCGGCAAGAGUCUACUGGAGAGAAUCCUCUCUGUGAGUUCCCCAAAGCUCCGCUCAACUGACAUCAAGCCCGUCCUCUUCGUCCUGGCUUCCGAGAUGAUGGUCGACUGGCUCAAGCAUGCCUUCAUCGCCAAGUUCAACCACGUCCGUGCGACUGUCUACGGCCGCUUCACAGACGUCCUCGCCAAGGACGUGUUGCUUGCAGGCACCAUUGGCAGUGGGCGCGGUCGUGAUCAGAAAAGAAAGCACCCAAUCCUGCUCGACCAGGCUCCGCUCGUUGCCAGGCGGCUUGGUAUCGCGGCCAUCCCGCUCGCCGUGCUCGUCAUCCGUAUGGGAGCCCAGGCUGUCGGCAUGAUCAUGACAUCAACGCAUGCCAUUGAUGGACAGGCGCUCAGCUCGGGCUGGUUAUGGACCGCACUGAAGUGGACCGCUGGUAUCCUCGUGGCUAUUAUUAUCUGGGGAUGCCUUGUCGUGCUCAAGAUCCUUCUUGGCCUCGGACUUCUCAGCUACUCUGCUCUCCGUCAAGCCGGCAUGGACGAGCGCGAGGCAGAGGACAAGGUCAACAACUUUGGCCGGACGGCCGUGGGGCAGAACAAGGAGGAGAUUGCAUACGAGAAAGAAACUCGAAAGUACCUCUCGCAAGUGGUCGACGACCUGCCUGACCACUCGACGACGUCUACACCGAGGCCCGCACAGAGAGGCGGCGCCGAGAAGGAGGCAGAGGAAGCCCCAAAAGCAGGCAAGAAGAAGGCCUGGCGGCUCGAAGAGGUCGACCGCUGGACCAUGGUCAAGCGCAUCUGGUAGACAGCACACCCACACCAACACCACACCAUACACCUGUUGUAGACCUAUUUUAAUGGCAG